AUGGAGAGUUGCGGCCGGAGCGUGGUCAUAGCGCCGUUGUUGCUUCGAAGUCAAUCUCGAAGGCCUUUGUUUCUUCGAGGUCAAUCUCUUCUUCAGCGCAGGUUCUCUCUGUCCUCCUCCCAGAUCCCAUCUCUGUCCUCCUCCCAGGUCCCAUCUCUGCCUCGUGGGGCGGGAGAAGGAGUCAAGGAAGAUGCGAGGAGUAAGCUGCUUCAAGUAGUUUUGGUCUCUCCCCAGAUUCCUGGGAACACAGGUUGCAUUGCAAGAACAUGUGCGGCUUCAGCUGUUGGGCUGCAUUUAGUCGGGCCACUAGGUUUUCAAGUGGAUGACGCCAGAGUUAAGCGAGCUGGUUUGGAUUAUUGGCCCUUUGUGGUUGUCAAAGCGCAUAGCUCGUGGGCUGAGUUUCGAGAAUAUUUCAGGCAACAGGAGGGAGAAAAACGGAUGAUAGCUUUCACAAAAAGAGGAACAAAGAUACAUUCAGACUUCUCUUACCGAAGGGGUGAUUACCUCCUGUUCGGGUCAGAGACAAGCGGUCUACCUCCUGAAGCGCUGUCAGACUGCAACAAUGAAACAUAUGGAGGGGGAACCAUACGUAUUCCGAUGGUGGAAACCUAUGUGAGAUGUCUGAAUCUGUCGGUGAGUGUAGGGAUUGCUUUGUAUGAAGCGUCCAGACAACUUAAUUAUGAACAAAUCGAGAGUGCCCCACAAGGUUGUGAACCAUUGUUGACGGAGGAUAUCUUUGCGUGA